AUGAUUAUAGAAAGGAGACGCUGGGGCAGAUCAGUUGAUGAACAUCGUUCCGUUCUCCGAACUGCCCAUGCCCAUGCUAGCCAGAGUGCGUGGUACCAGGGAGGGCCAGCGGAAGGCGGAUCCGGCAUGCUGAACCUCAAGCUCAAGAGGAGUCCUGGUGGAUACGAGCUUCGAGCAAUCAAGGCCAUGCUAGGACGGAUGAGGUAG